AUGAGCACGAGUACUUUUUCCGGACCACUCGGCGGCAACGGCAACGGCCCGGACGUCAUCGAAAUCAGCAGCGACAGCGAGCAUGAUGCGGCUCCCGGCCCCCAAGCCAUGGAAGGCAGCCUUAAGAUCAAAAGCGCGAGCCGGCAGGCGCCCUUUGGCCGGGGCACGCAGACGAUUGUCGAUACGUCGGUCCGCCGCACGUGGGAGCUGGACGCCUCUUGCUUUCGACUGUCCAACCCGGACUGGGCGGCGUUUCUCGACCGCGCGCUCCUCGGGCCCGUGGCCGCACGGCUCGACAUGCGCGGCGUGAGGGCCGAGCUGUAUAAGUUGUUGCUGUACGAGCAAGGCUCCUUCUUCAAACCCCACAAGGACUCGGAAAAGGCCCCCGGCAUGGUGGGCACCCUCGUCGUGGCCCUACCGUCCCAGCACGCCGGCGGCGAGGUACACCUGUCGCUUGCCGGGUCCAAGGUCAUUCUGCAGACGAGCACGGAGUCCCAAUCGCAUGUGACGGCCCUGGGAUGGUACUCGGACGUGACCCACGAGGUCAAGCCCCUAGCAUACGGCUACCGCCUCGUGCUGACGUACAAUCUCAUCAGCGCGGGCGACGGCGGUCUCGCCGCAACGACCCGAAUGACGCGGGAGGCCGAGCGCCUCCGCGAACGCCUCCUCGCCUGGCCGCGCGCCUCCGCGAACGCCUCCUCGCCUGGCCGCGCGCCUCGCGGUGGAACAAGCUCGGACAUGGCCGUGGGCCAGGCGCUGCGCCGCGCGUGCGCCGCGAGCGGACACGUCCUGCUCCUCGCCAAUAUGACACGCACGUUCGAGGUCGAGGUGGCAAUGUACGGGGACGACGAGAGGACGCCGAUCGACGCGCUGACGGGGUACGUCUACACGUGCGACGGGGAUUUUGUCACGGACGAGAUCUCUAUUGCGCAGGCUGAGAUUCUGGGGCCGGGUCUCCCGCAAGACCGGAAGCCCGAUAGCUGGGAUGAGGGCGAGUAUCUAGGGAAUUACGGAGGGCCAGACACCCAUCGCUACAAUGAUACGAUACGGCCUCCUAGUGCCGGACAUCGACCCCUCGUGCACCUCGCCUGCCGAGAGCUCGAGCGCGCCGACGGCCCCACCGAGACCGCCAGAGCCCCUCUCGUCAAAUUCAUGGGCCAGGCCAUGGAUGCUAUGGCUCCGGGAGGCCAAGCCCGCCUCACGCCGGCCUAUAUUGCCGAAACGGCCAUCAAGGUCGGCGAGCUGGAGCUAUACCGGGCGGCGGUCGCCAAGGGCAUGGGCGUGAAUCGGACAAAGGGCCCGCUGCUGGGGGCCAUCUGUAAAUUGGCCGUCGCGGAUUGUCCGCCCGGACACGUUGAAGACAUUGACUGGUUAAAGUGGUUCGGUGAUGUGGUCGUAGUGUCGGCCAAUCUCUUUGAAGAUCUAGACCUCAUCUCGUCCAUGCUGAGCGAAGACGUUCGAGAUUCAUUCAACGCAUUUAAACCCCAAGCCCUCGAUGCCGCUCUCGAGCUCCGCCAAAGCCUAACCCUCCAAGACCACGACCUGAUCAUCAGCAUAAUCCUCAAGCGCUACAACCACACCGGCUGGAUUGAAACCACGCGCAAAACCGCCGCGGCCCAGCACGCUUUCGCCCGCUUCACCGCCUUUAUCCGCAAAGGGCUCGCGCUCGGCCUCGCCUCGGAGGUGGGAGCCCUCCUCGAGGAGAGUUGCGCCGAGUUCAUCGACAAGGAACCCCGGCGGCCCAAACCCUGCGGGCCCGACAUCACUACGCACUACGAGACGCUCCUCCUCGGGCUCGCGGGAUUGGUUGGGUCACCGGAGCCCGGCACUGCGCUCCCGCUCUCACUCCAGCCCACGCCCGCCGUCCGACAGCUCGCCCGGUCCCUCCUCCUCGACUUUAUCCUGCCCAAGCAAGUCCCCGCCUACCCGGAACGGCUACCUGGCUGGGCCCACCGCCCCAUCUACUGCCCGUACCGGGCCUGCCAAGACUGCGCGCUCCUCAACGCGUUUGCGCAGUCCGAGACGGAGCAGGUCGGGCGCUUCACCAUGGUGCAGAAGCGCCGCGCUCACCUCGAGGGCCAGCUUGCCUCCGAGCUGUACGCCUGGGACACGGACAGGCAGCCGGGCAGCAAGGCCCUCACCCUCGUAGUGACCAAGCGAGGCACCGAGCAUGAUGUCCUCGUCCAACAGGCCGACCGCAUGCUUGCCACCAGGCAGGCGGCGGUGGGCAAGUUUUGCAACGAGGGCGUGCGCCUACUCCUCGGGGACGAGGAUUACCGGGCUAUUGUGCUCAUGGAGGGCUAUAAGCGGGAACGGGAGCGGGCGGUAGUGGGCGGAGUGAAGCGGGAGGCUCCUGCUGAGGAAGGAGAGCGGCGGUUGGCUAGGAGAGUAAGGUCAUGA